AUGAUCCGCUGCUGGCGACCAGGUCCUGCUCUGUUGCCGGUCACUCGGCAGCCCCGGUUCUUGAGCUCUUCGCUUGUAGGGCGAGCCUGUUAUUCGGAUCGAAUCAAAGUGUCUCUGCCGCAUCAAAAGACGGAUCGCUAUACCACCAAAGCGGGCAACGCGACUUCUGCGACAUCCCCGCCACGGUCGAUUUGGCGUCUCUCCUUCUGGAAAUGCCGCCACACCUGGAGGCGAGCGGGAGUCAACACGCUGCGUUGCCUGGUGGGCUGUACGGUUGGUGACUUUUCAGCGCUGUGGAUGCUACAAACCUAUUACCCAGAACUCGGGAUGACCACAAUCAUGGGUGCAUCCAUGGUAUCUGGUAUCACGACUUCAAUCAUUCUGGAAAGCAUUCUACUCCGACGCGGCGCAGACCAACUUUCUUGGCCUAUGGCCGUCCGUACUGCUAUGGGCAUGAGUAUGAUAUCGAUGAUGGCGAUGGAGGCAGCAGAGAACAUUGUCGACUACCAUCUAACGGGUGGCGUAGUGGCCUUGGGCGAUCCAAAUUUCUGGAUGGCAGCGGUCUUGUCUAUAGCCGCCGGAUAUCUCGUUCCACUGCCAUACAAUUACCUGCGCUUAAAAAAGUAUGGGAAGGCUUGUCACUGA